AUGAUUAAAGCAAAGAGAAAAGGAAUACUAGCAAUAUUUGCACUUUACUCAGGCGCAGUCCACGCAGAACACAUGAAUCCUGCAGUUUCUGGUGGGCUACAAGACAGUAGUUUAAUCCAAUACGAAGAUGGUCCUGGCAGCACAUCCCCAUAUGACCCUGCUAGCACACUCUCACAAUACGACGCACACGACAAGGAAGUCAUUCCUGCAUGGGCCACUUCAGUUGAAGAAAUACAAGACUCUGAGCACAAAAUGUGUUUUAACGGCGUAUGCUCAUCAGCUAAUGAUGCUUCACCAGAAUCAGCUCACCCUCCAAUUCUCAGAGAUGACGAAGACUCCGCCCAACCUUCUGGCCCACCGCAUGGGGCACCUGCUCCUUUCGAUCCUGAAAGACCCAGUGAAGGUUCUAUUCCUGUCGGCCAAAAUCCACUCCUUCCACCACGCCUUGGGAAAAUGCCUGUAUCAAAAGAUGCUGCAUCCUUAAUGGGAGUUUUCAAUGGCCCUGCCACAGGAUACGGAAAUGGCCCUACAAAGGACGAGGCCCUUGGUGUUUUGUUCUCAAUUGGAGAUGAUGAUUCAUAUCUUCUUCUGUCAUUCCUUUCAAUCGACUUGCCCCUAAAGAAUCUUGUCUCAAAUGUCACUGUCACUUCAUCAGAAGUAUACGCACAGGACAGAAAGGACUACCUUAUGAGUACAUUAGAAGGAAAGGGAAGUGUAUACGGAUUGGAUAAUGGUCUAAAUAUUCUUUACACUGUAAACAUGUUCUUCUACAUCCCAAAGACAGCCAUUGCCCUGAGCAUAAGCAUAGGAAAGAUUAUUUACUCUGAAGAGUACGUUCUCUUCUUGAAGAAGCUUAAGCUAAAUACAUCUGUGUUCACUAAGUUGCGCGACAGAGACAACAAAACAGUCUACUACAUUCCAUUCUAUGGAGGUAUAGUUGCACUGCCUAAUCCAUCCAUUCCUAUUGUCAGUCAGAUACUAGUGACAUCUGAAGGGUUCGGAGUGUCUUUGCACUCUGCAAAGAGAAUUGACAUGGAAAAGGCAAUUCUUAUCUUGAGUACAUCCGCAUACAGUGAAGCAGACAGUGCUGAAGUUGCAAAUACAGUGCAGAAGUUUACAACUGGUGAGAUCGCAAACCCAUUCACACACACCUUCAAUAAGUACGGUUUUGAAGAAGAAUCUCAAGACAGUGAAGAGAGUGAAGAACUUGCAUCUUUCAGCAGUGACUCAGACUCAGACAGCAAUGAGCCCGAAUCUUCAGACAGCAGCUCCUCCAGACCAAGCAGUUCUUCCAGCAGAGAGCGUGGCCACGAGGACGGAGACUCUUCCAGUGACUCCCCCAGCAAGCACUCUACUAGCAAACCAAAGAAGGCUAGACAAACAAUAGCCAGUCUCUUUAAAAAUGCGCGUAGACUCAGAGAAAAAGCAGCUUUAGCAGGCAUAACACACCCGCAUGAGAGGAAAAAGUACAUGAAACGAGCAGAAAAGGUUGAAAAGAAGGCAAGAGCACUCCAAGAGGAUGAAUACAACAAGAAUCUAAUUCAGGAGCACAGUGGAAGGUCUGCAAGUGGUGAAGCAUCUGUAGAGUUUAAGGCUGCUGCAAAGGGCUCAAAGAGUGGCGUGCUAAUCGAAGGAAGUAUCUCUGAAUCUUCUGGUUCCGCAUGGUACUCUGACUCAAUGAAGAAGAAUGUGGCAAUUGAAGCAAUUAUUACAAGUAAGAGCGAAUCUUCUUCUGCCUCUGCUUCUGCUUCUGUAUCGGUCUUUGAACAAAGCUCUCGCAAGGCUGCCUCAGAGUCUUUCACGCAAAAUGGAGCUGCUGCUAUCAUAUCUGCCCACCAAAGCAACGAGUCUCACUACAAGGGCGUGUCUUCUUCGGAAUAUGCAACCCGUGAGAUAAAGCACUCUUUGAUGGGAAUGACCAUGCAGCAUGCCUUAUUCAGUACGCACGGAAGAAUGUACCAGAGUCAGAAGUAUUCCGCAUACGGUGUAAAGUCGUCAAGGUCAUCUACCAAAUGGUUGAGCAGAAGGAUAUCAAAGAUCAUUCGCACCAGGCGGAUAGAAAGAAGAGCAUCCAGGAAAUUCAUGAAGAACGGGGCAACCUCACAGGGAGUGGCAACAGCCGCAGCCAGAGAGCAAGCAGCCAGAAGCGCAGCAAUCAAGUCCAGCCAGAAGGCCGCAAAGGCAGCACAGGCAGCAUCAACCUACGCUGCUAUGGCAAAGAGGGCAAGUGCUCAGAACAACAAGAAGAUGGCGCAAUCCUACAAGAAAUCUGCCUCCAGGAGCAAGAAAACCUUCAGCAAGCACUCAGCCCGCGCACAGAAAUUCGCAAAGGCUGUUGGACAAUUUAAAGCAGCAAAACUGGCAGCAUGCGCUCAGCAGUCUGCAAUAUUUGCUAUGCAAAUUGCCAAUCCACAGCAGGCAAUUACUCCGCAGGAAACCAUCAACUUAAACAAAGCAGUUGCCCAGAUCCUGACUAGUUCGCAGAUCCAAGUUCUCUCCAAGGCACUUUCUGCUACUCAGAUAAGAGUCCUGACUAGCCUACUGUCUCCACAGCAGGUGCAGCAGACUCUUGUCCACAUGGGUGCUAUGUCUCCAGAGUCUAUGCAAGGUCUUCUUAUACGUCUGCAGAUUAAAGGUGCAGAGCUGCAAAGAGUCCCAAACAUGCCAGGUCUCUCUGGUAUGCCCAAUAUGGGAAUGGGUUCUAUGUUCCCUCUGGGAUCUCCUGCAGUCAACUCCAUUAUGUCUCGUGUCCAAGGAAAUCUGCCUACUACAAUGAAUGUGACCGAUAUUAUCAGAUAUUUGACACAAGGACAGUCAAUGUUCCAAAGUCAGGAGAGUCUUGUGAGCAACGAGCAGAUGGAAGCACUUCGCAUGGAAGCUGUCCAGCAGACUGAAAUGAUAAAGAGGCUGACAAUGCAAAUUGAAGCAAGCAAGAGUGAAAUUGAAGCACGUGUCAGGGACAGAAUGUUUGGUGACAGAAUGAAGUCAAGUAUUAGUGUGUGCAACCCUAUGCUAGGCCUUCAGACAGGAAUGUCAACUGGUGCCUUCGAUGGAAUCUCAUCUUCACAAGGUCUGCAGCUGGCUGGAAACAUUUCACUUGGAAACAGUUCGUUCAAUGCUAUAAAGCAGCUGCUUGUCUCUCCUAGUGUCUCUUCGUACAUUGGAAUUGACCCAAACGCACUUUCACAGAUGCUUUACCAGAAGACCCAGAAUAAUGAUCUAAUGUGUUUACUCUCUAAAUCAGCCAUCUCAGCACCUCUUUACAGUCAAAUGCCAAAUGAUGAACAAGCUCUGAUUAAUGCUAGAUUUGGAAAUACGCAAAACAAGCUCUACGGGAUAUAUGGGGAUUCCCUUGGUCGGCUUGAGCAAGCAUUGGCAUCUGCAUUUAAUCUUAUCAGGAACUCUACUGUAAGGUGUAAGCGCAACGUUCAGCCAAGUGUUCCUGCAUGCAGUAUACAGCCGCAACUUUCUGCUUGA